UGGAGGCGGGACUCCGGUCCCGGUGACACGGUGCGGGGACAGUCGGGAAGACGUGGCUAAACGGACAGAAAUGGACUCAGAAAUCAAGGAAGAAAUUCCUGUGCAUGAGGAAUUCAUUUUGUGUUGUGGAGUUGAAACACAGAUUCUAAAAUGUGGCCCCUGGACUGAUCUUGUUAGUGAUCAAAGCGCCAAUAAGCCUAAGCUGCUGAUUUUUGUUAUUCCUGGUAAUCCAGGUUUUUCUGCCUUCUAUGUGCCAUUUGCAAAGGCUUUGUACUCUUUGAUAGACGGACGCUUUCCAGUUUGGAUUAUCAGUCAUGCUGGGCAUGCCUCUGUCCCCAAAGACAAGAAGAUUCUUACAACCUCGGAUGAUUCAAAUGCUCAAGAAAUUAAAGACAUCUAUGGAAUCCAAGGUCAAGUAGAGCACAAACUAGCUUUCCUGAGAACUCAUGUGCCAAAGGGAAUGAAACUUGUGUUAAUUGGCCAUUCAAUAGGCUGCUAUUUUUCUCUUCAGAUACUGAAGCGUGCCCCUGAGCUUCCGGUCGUCCGCACCUUGCUGCUCUUUCCCACGAUCGAGCGACUGUCACAGACACCCAACGGCAGGAUCGCCACCCCGAUCCUCUGCUGGCUUCGCUAUGUCCUCUACGUUAUCAGCUACCUACUCCUGAAACCGUGCCCUGAGAAAAUCAAGUCCUUACUGCUCAGAGUGGGCCUUAAUAUGAUGAACCUGUCAAGUGAGUUUUCAGUCAGCAGCGUAUUGGAGCCAUUCUGCAUUGCUAAUGCUGCCUACCUUGGGAGCCAAGAGAUGAUGGAGGUGGUGGAGAGAGACAAUAAAACCAUCAAGGAGCAUUUACCCAAGCUCACAUUUUACUAUGGGAGUAUUGACAGAUGGUGUCCAAAAGACUACUAUGAAGACAUCAAGAAAGAUUUUCCACAAGGAGAUAUUCUACUCUGUGAGAAAAAUAUACCUCAUGGAUUUGUCUCCUCUUCUAAUGAGGAAAUGGCUAAAAUGGUAGCUGACUGGCUAAAGUAUGACCUAGCCAAAAUAUAAAUAAUGACACAAAGAAAGAAGCACCUACAGCCGGGUCAUAGGGGCAGUAGGUUUACUGGAUUUGGUGGGUAAGUGUUUAAUUUUGAUGAUUGAUGUGAGAAAAACGUGAGAACCUCUUGGCUUAAAAAGUAUGAGCUCCCAUGCUAGAGCCUGAAAUAAACACAGUUGAUGAAUCAUUCCCUAAGUUUAUCAAGACAUUUCCCAAGACUCAGGGAUCACAGCGAUCACUUCUAAACAAGGUCCCUUAUGUUUGCAGGAGGGGCCCAGUGACACAAGGCGGUUUGUUCUGGUAGGCAGGAUCCUGCAGACAAAAUGGGGUCCAAAUCCAGUUGAUUUUAAUUGAUUUACAUUGUAGAAUAGACCCUCCUAGAGGAGAAAUUAUGAAAUACCUGCUAGAAGAUGUAACAGAGAUCAGUGACUAUUGAGUAUAUUAGGUAUGUGACAGGCAUGAGACCAUGAGAACGGCCCUUGGGCUGCAGAAGUGGGACAUGCUGGCCGCAGGUCCUGGCCAUGAACCUGGGUCUCCUUUAAGAACAGAAGCUGAGGAUCAGCCCAGGCUAACUUUGCACGGGUCUUGGCUGAGAUCAUCCGAACCAGAUGGGCCUCAGGGCUGCCUGUGGGCCCCGCUGUGACUGUUUUGCCACAUGUGGAAAACCACCAAGUCCACUUGUUUCUAGCAACUGGUGGCACAGGGCCAGCCAGAGCCAACAUGAGAGGAGGCACCACUUGUCCGCGAAGCUGUCCUGAAGAGCAUGACCGCCUGACCCACCUGCAGUGGAUGAGAAUGACGUUGCCCACCUGGUUCUCUGGUCAAGCAACCAGAGGGGAGUUGUUGAAGGACCCAACUGUGCCUCCUGCUACCUGACAGCCAGCACACACCGGGCUGUCCUGCAGCCGGCCGGGUGACGAGCUCCUGCAGGUUCAUCUCCAGAAGCAGCCUGGGGAGGCCUUGGACUGUCCUGAAUCCAGCCCCCACCUGCCAGCAUGCAGCUGCCCCUUCUGUGAUUCUUCCAGUAAUGCCCUUAUUUGUAAUAAAGACACACUGAAGUGUGUGCGGGUGAUGGAAUGUCACGUCGGCAGUUUACUCUCAAAUGGAUCAAGGUAGAAGAUGUUCUUUGUAUUUUUACUUGCAACUUUUUUGUAAUUUUCAGAUUGUUUCAAAAUUUAGAAAAAUAAUAAUUAAAAACAAACACCAUUCUCUCA